AUGCCUAAUUUGAUAAUUGAAAAAUAAACUCCUGAAAAUCUUAAUACUAAAUGGGAAGCUGACAAUAUUAAUGCUAAUGCAUUAGAUGAAUAAAUAAAUAGAAUUUAAUUUAUUGAAAAUCCUAAAAUAAAUGCAGGAUGGUAAGUUUUAAGACAAAAUCAGAUUUCAAGAACUUAAUCAAUUUAGGUAACUCAAGAUUUUAAAGAUUUGAUUACACAAAAAAAUAUUUAUUCUUAAGAAACAGAUUAAACAAUUAUUAAUGAGGCUAAAUUAACAAUUAAUCAAAUUACAAAAAGCCUUCUUUUAGAUGAAAAAAUAGGAAAACUUACUUGCUUUAUUAAACUUCAUAAUUAUUAUGAAGAUUUGAUCAAAUUAACAUAGUAUCAAAAAUGUGUGUAAUCCUUUAUUUCUUUAUUGAAUUUAAGUUUUUAAAUUGUAAUUAUUGUUUAUUUAACUGGCGAUUAUGAUUUGUUUAUGUCUGCAUUAAUAUUUUUAAAUGUAAUAAAUCCUGCACUAUAACUAAUAUCAUUUUUAGUUUUUUAAUUUCAAACAUUUAGAGAUUAAGAAAUUGUUAGGAAAUUUGUGAAUGCUUUUUUAUUUGGAUUAUUUAAUUAUUUUAAUAUAUGGGAAUCAAUUUUACUUAUUUUUUAUAAAACUUAGAAUCCAUUAUUACUGGGUAUUUAACGAGAUUUUAGCUCUGAUACUUAUAUAAAAUUUAAAAGUUAUGCUUUAAAAUUCAGAGGAACUCUUGCUGUUUCAGUAUUUUAGUAUCCGAAAGCUAAUAUUGAUGAUACAAUUUAGGAAAUAAAGAAACAACCAUUUUUUUAGGCAAUAAUGUGGAGAGCAAGUGUUGAGGAGGCUUUAAAUAAGAUUCCUUAAUUUUUUAUAUUUAUCUUAGCUUUAACUUAAAAUGAUGUAACUGCAUUAUGGGUGCUAUCUUUUCUAAUGCAAUUGAAAGAAAGUAUAUUUGCACUAAAGGAUAUUUUAGAAUUAGUUAUUAAAGCAUUUUUUAUACCAGCCUUAAAUUUAAGCACAGAUUCAGUGGAUUAAUUCUUUUAAUCCAUUUUGUAUUUUCGAUCUAUAUCCAAUUCAAUUUUGUUAGAAUAUCCUAAAUCCUUUUAAAUCAUAUCAAAAGCAAGCGAAGAAUAUUUAACAAAAUAAUGUACUUUUAAAAUUAAUGUGAAAAACUUAGAUUUUUCUUAUUAUGUAGGCAAAAAAAAAGAGAAGAUGUUAGCUUAAUUUAGGUAUGUUCUUGCUUUAAUAAGAACUAAUUUAGAAAUUGAUUAAGCAUAAAAAUUAUUUUACAUGGGACCUGAAAUAAAAGAUUUUAUCAGAUGUUUAUAAGUAAGUCGAAUGUAAUAAUUAAAACUUAACUUUUACUUAGAUGAAAUGAAUGCUUCUGAUUUUCAUUACAUUAAUGCUUUAGUUUAAAAAUGUCCAUCAAACUUGAAAGUUCUUUAAAUUCAAAUAGAAGCAACAGAAUAAAAAUAGAUGGAACUUAUGCUUAAAAGAUAAAGUAAUUUGAAAGCUUUUUCCUAUUCUUUUUUCUAGAAAAUCUAUAAUUAUCGUAAUCAUCAAUAAAUUUAUUAAUUAAAACUAUUAAUAAUUGACAAUUAAUUUUUUAAAUUAGAUAAGUAUACAUUUGAAGGAUUAAAUUUUGAAAUUGCAGGUAAUCUAGAUUUAAAGAAUUGUUCCACAUUUUUUGCAAAUUUCUGUUCUUUGAGAUUUUUUAAGUUAACUCUUAUUAAUAAUAAUACAUUCCAAGAAUUUAAUUUUUUAAAUAAUAUUAAAAGUAAUUUGGAAAAUCUAGAUGUCACUUUUGAAAAAAUCAUAAUAAAUUUUUAGUCAUUCCAAUUUAAUAAUCUGAAAAAAUUAAAAAUGAUUUUAAAAAACUGUGAAUUUGAUAAAGGUGUGCUUUAUAACAAUUUAAUCAACAUUAAUUCAGAUAUACGAAAAUAUAUUUAUAUAGAUAUGAGAUUAUGCAAAAAUAAAUUUGAUAAGAAAGAGAAAACCGAUUUAGUGAAAAGGUUAGAAAUGAAACUAUUUGAUGCAACCAUAUUAAUAUGA